AUGGUGUCUAUCCCGGCCGAUAUACGGGCGGCUGAUGCUGCUGGCCAGAUUCCAAGUGGAAUCAGCCUGGAGUACCUUGCUGAGACCUACGACAAGCAGGUUAUUAUAGGAAUUAUCGUGCUGGUUGUUGUGAGUUUCGUGGUGUUGGCUCUGCGAUGCUUUGCUCGUGCCGUCCUGUUGAAGCGCACUGGAAUCGAUGACCUAUUGAUGGUAUUGGCGAUGAUGAUUUAUAUUCCCAUCGCCGCGUUGUGCAUUGUCUUGGUCAAUAUGGGCAGUGGCCGUCAUUUCGAGUAUAUCCAAUAUGUCCUCCCCAGGGACACAGUGCGCAGGACAGAAGUGCUGGAUUUCGCCUGCCACAUUCUCUACGCCAACGCUCUUCUCUUUGCGCGGUUCUCGGGUCUCGCCUUCUACCAUCGUGUGGCCGUCCCCAGCAGCAAGCUCUACUAUGCCAUCAACGGCGCCUUCGUAUUUCUCGUCGCCUGCUACCUCCCUCAGCUCUUCCUGCUGAUUUUCCACUGCAUCCCCGUCACCGGUCUUUGGCCGUACGAAUGGCAAGACGAGUAUAACGCCUACAGAUGCCUUAGCUGGGGCCUCGUCUACUCCGUCAUCUCUGCGCUCUCCCUCGUCUGCGACUUCGUCAUGUUCACCAUCCCAGCCAUCAUGAUCAAGGGCCUCCGGAUCUCCCUGCGCAAGAAACUCCAGCUCUCCUGCGUUCUACUCCCCGGCAUCCUAGUCGUCGCUAUCUCCACGACCCGCCUCUACCUAGUCAUCGUCGGCCAAUGGUCAGACGAUGGAUCCUGGGCUUACAAUGCCAUGCUUGCCGUCGAGAACGCCGAGAUCGCAGGAACCCUCAUUGCGCUCUCGGUGCCGGCGCUGAAACCACUCUUCGUCAAUCUGUUCUCGCGUCUGGCUUUUCUUAAGUCGUUGACCUGGAACCGCUUGUCGCAUAUUUCUCCCGGUGCGAAAUCGUCUCCAGAUGGCGCCGCCGAGUACCACAAGUCUACGCCGAACGCUUCGCGCUGUCUGUUGGAUGCGGGAGCUGUAGUCUGA